AUGAAGAGAUCGACCCAGCCAAGUGGCUCCACUCCCGGGAAACCGGCUGGUAAAGUCAACAGAACUGGAGGUCAAAAUAACAUCAAAUCGAGAAAGAAUUUGUUUAAUUUCAAGCCAGAAAAGGUAAAAAGAGUCGAAUUACACGAAUUCCUUCUGAUUUUGUAUUUGAGUCAGUUAAAUGGUCUUUUAUAAGAUACUUAUUUGUCAUUAUUGAAGAAUGUUUUUCACGUGUGAAUAAAUUAUACAUGUACAAAUGUAGCCUCCAACAAGAGAUUGGCCAGUAUCCAUAGAUUGUGGAUUAGAAUCCAUUAUUUCUUGUAGUUUUACUCAGAUAACAUUAGCAGUAAUUUUAUGUUUUCACACUCGCACUGUGAUGAAAUGAAACAUUUGACAAAAAAUUUAAAAAAAAAAUCAUAAAAUAAAGUGUGGCUUUAGAGAUGUUACACCAGCCACCUCCACCACAGGGUUUAUCAAGGAUGUCUUUUUGUUUGUGUGUUUUUAUGUAGGUUUACUUAUGUUACCAUUUAUUUAAUAUCUUCAAGGUCCCUCAUCCACCUCAGUCCCCAGUUUGGUCUGUGGAGGAAAGGCGAGCAUUGGUUGAGUAUAUUGCUCUAUUUACCCCAGUGGAACAAGAUCAAUUGUUUAAAUGGCCUUCUUUCAAAGACAUCAAUUUCUGGGAAAAAUGUGCAGAUGCUCUGGCCUGUACAACUGGAAUGCCACGACGAUCAGGUAAACAUAUUUCACCCAGGCCGUAGUAGGGCAUAAUUUUUGGUCGGCAGGAUAAUAAUUAUAUGCAAGAGGUUUGUCCCCUAGUGGCGGUGGUGAUAAUGAUGAUGAUAUUGAUGAUGUCUGGGUUGUUUGCUCUUAGUCAUUCAAAACAUCAGCUUUUGAAUACAUUGAUAGUGUCGAUCUCCCUACACAACUCAACUAGUUAUUUUAUACAAUGUAAUAACUCUGUAAUGAAGAGAUUAUAACAUAGUGGAGCAGGCCUGAUAGUGGUUUGUCUUAAAAUAGGGUGGAGGGAAGGUAGCAGUUGCUGAAGGUUUUAGUUCAAAAGGAACUUACAGUGGCUUACAGUAAGUGAGGUGAAACAAACCGAUUUAUAUUUUCUUUUCUUUUUCAGGGAGUGCAUGCCGUUAUCAGGUCAACUCCUUCCUGCGUAAAAGGUAUGCAACACUGGAGGAAGCAGAAGAUGACCUCCAGGUCAACUAUUUUAGUGGUGGAUUGCAAGACAUUCAUUAUGAAAAUUCAUCAACACUAACAUCUCCUGGGAAUGUAAAUUCGACUCCACAGGCGAUGCUUGAGAAGAACACCCCAUUAUCUCCAAUAUUGGCGCACUCUCCACAUGCCAAUUCAACAAACCAUGAGACAUACAAUCAUGGAGAUACCAUUGCCAAGGUUAUUAAACUGUUGACAUUGAUGACUUCGCGUAUGAGAGGGGACUUGAUCCAGAACUUAUUUUGGCAGUUCAUGUUUUUAGAACUUGAUCAUGAUUUUCGAGCAUUUAUUCCUUCUGACUUUAUUAAACUAUGCUGCAAGGGCAUUAAUGUACUUCAUAGCAAUGGCAAAGAAAAUGUUCUUUAUUACUUGGCCAGGGGACUUGGAAUGUCACGGAAAGAUGGUUCAGGUCCACGGCUCCCUAUUGACAAGAUGCCGUUUGGAUUAUUAAGCUACAAUAUUCGCUAUUUUGCUAUGGACACUGUGAACAACAUUUCAUCAGACCCCCAUUUUGUGGAGUGGGAGACAACUAUGUUCUCCAACUUUGGUCAUAAAUGGAUUUGCUUACAGAGGGGACCAGGGUUUGCCUAUGAUGAGACUGUUGUUGAUGAUUCCUCAGCUGCAGCUUGUAAUAGCACCAGCAACACAAACAGCAGUGAGCAAGGUUCCUCAAGUAUCCUUCAACAAGCAUGGAAUGAAACAUUUCAAGUGGGUACCCAGAAUGGGGUACAAGAUGAGGUUGAAGACCAAGAUACCACUAGAGAGAAAGUUGGGGCAGAUGACUGCCUUGAUGUAGAAACCCUUGUUGACACAGAUGACCCUCUUGAGGUUGGAGCCAUUGUUCAGACAGGAGAUGGGAUUGAGGUUGAAACUGUUGUCGAGGCAGGAGACCCUCUUGAGGUUGGAACCAUUGUUGAGGUAGGAGAUGGGCUUGGGGUUGAAACAAUUGUUGAGGCAGGAUAUGGGCUUGAGGUUGAAACCCUUGUUGAGGCAGAAGACGAGCUUGAGGUGAACGACCAGGUCAAUGAAGAAGUGAGCUACCUUUGGGCACGACUUGGUUCUGAAGAAAAAGAACAAAUUGCAAACGGCGAUAGACCAAUAGAACUGGAAACAUUUCAUGGUAUUCGCCCACAGGCACAUAAAAAGAAAAGGACAGAAGUGGAUCCGAUGAAAGCUAAAGUCAAUGUUGCAGGUCAUUCUGUAAGGACUCUUCAACGUCGUAUACAGGCUGCUGAGUUUUCAAGAGACACAAAUGUUCAGGUGAGUGCACAUAUGAUUAAAUAGAUAUGAAAUAUAUUUGAAAAACAUAUAUAUAUAUAUAAUUAUACUCCAAGAGCUAGGUUAUUCGAACAUUUACUGCAACUCUGAGUUUCAUGCUUCUUCUUGCGAAGCAAUCUUCAGGCAACAAAAAAUGUAAAUGUUCGAAUAACCUAGCUCUUGGAGUAUAAUUAUUCUUAGCUCUAGCUCUGCUAUUGAGCACUUUAUAGUAGAUGAGGAUUUCUUUCCACUUGUUAUUCUUUUUUUCUUGCUAGGUCGCUGUUCUUAAGAAGAUUAAAGAAAGAAACAAAAACGGACGUUGGUGGAUUAAAGCAGAUGCAUGUGACCUGCGAAAGGGACUGCGUGAGUCAAUGCGUCAUGAGUGGGCAGGAGAUUGUGACCUGGGAGAUGGAAAGCUUCAAACUUUAUAUCAGGAAUACAUGGACAGAAAAACCUUCUAUGGUGGAUUAGGACUUAAGGAUCGAAGAGUAAGAAUGAAAGAAGAUAUGGCGCUUGUGAUUUCUGGUUUGGAUAACGAUUUAAGGUUUCUGGUUGGUGGAGAGAAAGCUGCAAAAGACAAGUAUGCAGCUAAACAACGUCAGUCAAAUGCUUCUGAAGAUGGCAUGUUUGCAUUGGCUUGGGAGUGUGAAUGCUUCCAGACUCUCAUUAACAUUAACAAAGACCUAAAGUCUUCAAUUUCCAGCCUGCACUUAAGAAUUUCAACAAACCAGAGAGAUGGUAAUAUUGCUGGUGAUCUCACUUCUUUACGCCAAAGGCUUCUUUCCUAUGCUAAGGAUCUUUUUUCCAAGCAUAGAGAAGCUGCCUCUCAUCUCAUGGUGUUCAUGAUAGCCGAUGAAAACGCGACAUGA